AACAAAGCGAAAGAAACAGCGGCGGAAAACCCAGCCCGGCAGCUCCAGUAUUGUAGCGUCCACUCUGUAUUCUCCAGAGGGAUGAAACGGGCGGGCUGGAUUCAGUUUCCUAAUCCCUAAAAGAUCCCCCAGAAUUCACUUGCACUGUCAAUAUCGCCGUCUACGUGCAUUUCCGGUGCGGCUCCUGCUGCCCAGUAGGAGAACCUGCUUCUUGUUCAAUUCUGUUGAUCGUCUGCUUCGUAGUCAGUGCUGUCUUUUGUGCCGUUUGGACAGUCCUUUCCCUUUAGUACCAUUGGAACAGGAGAACAUUCCACCCCCUCCAGUCAUUACACGCAGCCUCUGUCACACAUCUUUGCAGAUACUGGAAGAUCCCUCUGGCAGGAAGCUCGCUCCCAGCAAGAUGACUGUGGGAAUCUUUGCAAACUGUGUGUUCUUUCUUAAAAUGAAACAUUUACCCAUUCAGGAGAAGAACAGACUGAGAACAUGCAUUAAAGAAAAUGGUGGAAUAAUUUAUUUUGUGCUAAAUCAUGAGUGUACACAUGUCAUUGUGGAUAAUGUUGCUGUACUCAGCUCUUAUCAUCUGAAAACUAUUGAGAAGUAUCGACUCCCCAUUGUAAGUGCUGAUUUUGUAUGGAAAUCAGCAGAAGAAAGAAAACUUUUACAGAUUGAUGACUAUGAAUCUAGUAAAUCAUUGGAAGGUACUUCUGAUCAAAAGCCAAGCUGUUACGGUGAAAAAAAACCCUCAUCUUCUGAGCAUGAUAUUAAGGAAAAAGAGGAUACCACUGAGAAGAAUGAAAACUGUGGCCCUGAUCCCACUCCCUUGGAAGUCAGUGAUUGCUCUGGUGGGCCAAGUAUGGAGAGCAUCAGAUUUUAUUCAGAAAAUGAUCAAGAUAUUCCUUAUUUUCCACAAGAUUUUGAAGUUGCAAAAUAUGAUGCCCUUGAAAAAAUUAGUACUGAGAAAGGCAAACAGGUUGUAGUUAUUGAAUUGCAGUGUUCCCAGGAAUCAUGUGAGUUUCCCUUUCGAAUAGCUGCACACUUCAGCAUGUCAGAAGGAUUUAAGAGUAAAAAACAGUUCAUAGCAACUAAGACUUCUGAAGAAGUAAGAAAAAAUUAUGAGAUUUAUGUUGAAGAUUUGAAGAACCAGGAUUUUAUAUUAAGAGAAACCUUUCCACCAGGUGCAGACAAUUUAGCCUCUAUGAAAUUACAAGAGCUACUUCUAGAGGAAGCCAUAAAUUCAAGCACUUUAUCCCAAGAAAUUAGUGCUUUUGUGGAAUUGAUCUGGGCAGAAGCACUUGGUCAUUUGGACCAUUUACUACUUGAACCAGUAAACAACAUCAGCCUAAAUGAUGUGAGCAAAGGGGAAGGUAUUCUACUUCAAAUAAAGAAUGCAAUGAAUGAGGGAACAGCAGCAAAGGCACUGAAAGCGAUGAUGAUGGAGUUCUAUCGAAUUAUACGUCACAAAAGUGGAAUAGACUAUAAUAUUACCAAAAAACUGUUAUCUAGCAAACAGGACCUCUGUCAGCUAAUCAGAGACAUGCUUAAUGUUUGUGAAACAAGUAUGUCAAGCCCUAACCCACCAUCUCGUGCUAAAUACCGGGCUUUAAGGUGCAAGAUACAAGCUAUCAAUCCAAAGAGUAAAGAAUUUCUCAAUGUUAAACAGCAGGUGUUGAAAAACAAUCACAGUGACUGUCCAGUGAAAGUUCUACAAAUAUUCAGAGUUGGCAGAAUAAGUGAAACAGCAGAGUUUCUGAGCAGUCUUGGGAAUGUUCAAUCCUUAUUCCAUGCAUCAUCUGUGCGCAACUUUGUUGGAAUUCUCUCCCGGGGACUCCUUUUACCAAAGAUAGUGGUUGAAGACCAUGGCGUGGAAAGAACUGAUAUUGGGAACCUGGGGAGUGGCAUUUAUUUCAGUGAUUCCAUCAGUACAAGCAUUAAGUAUUCUCUACCAAGUGAAAUGGACGGAACUCGAUUGUUGGCUGUUUGUAAUGUGGCACUAGGAACCUGCCUGGACUUGUAUAAAAAAGAUUUGUCAUUAACUAAUGCACCAUCAGGAUAUAACAGCGUGCAUGGAGUCCGUAAAACAGCAAACAUCUAUUCAGAUUUUGAGGAUGAUGAAUUUGUUGUAUACAAAACCUGUCAGGUUAAAAUGAGAUACAUUGUUAAGUUUUGUCUUCCUGGAGACCAAAUAAAGCAGUUUCAGCCUGGAAUUGUGACAGAAUUAGCGCAAGAUCUGCCAGCGACCUCACAUUGUCAUUUACAACCCGAAGACUAUGCAUUACCAACUGUAAAUCUUUUAAACCAUGUGAAAACUGGUCUUCAGGACACAUCUGGAAACCCAGUCCCUCUUGAAGAUAUUCAUAUCAAGGGGAGGAUAAUAGACUUCAUAGCACAGAUAGUAGUGUUUCAGACAUACACCAAUCAAAAUGAUAAUUACAUUGAGGCAAAAUAUGUCUUUCCUUUGGAUGGCACAGCAGCUGUAUGUGGAUUUGAGGCUUUCAUCAAUGGGAAACAUAUUGUUGGAAAGGUUAAAGAAAAGGAACAAGCACAUAAGGAAUAUAGAGACGCAAUCAGUCGAGGUGAUGGAGCUUACUUGAUGGACCAGGAUGCUCCUGAUGUUUUUACUGUAAGUGUUGGAAACUUACCACCUAAAACUACAGUUCUUAUCAAAGUCACCUACAUCACUGAGCUUAGUUUUCAGGAUGGCUGUAUUACUUUUCAAAUGCCUGCUGCUGUGGCUCCUUGGCAACAAGACAAAGCCUUAAAUGAAAACACACAGGAUACAGUAAAGAAGGUUUGUGUUAAGCAAAUAGGAACAAAAAAGGGUGGAUUCUGUGUGGCCAUGUCUAUUGAAAUGCCACACAGUAUUGAACGCAUUCACAGUUGGACGCAUACACUUAAAAUAAAGAAAACAGACUGCAAAGCCGUAAUCAGGACUGUGGAGAACAGUUCCUUGGACACCAGUGGCUUUGCUCUAGAAAUCUGGAUUUCUCAAGUAUAUCUACCCAGAAUGUGGGUAGAGAAGCAUCCAAACAAAGAGAGUGAGGCAUGCAUGCUUGUAUUUCAACCAAAGUUUGAAACAAAGUUUAAAGGAAUCCAGCUGUCUGGAGAAAUUAUUAUUUGUCUAGAUUGCUCCAAUUCCAUGGAGGGUUCAACACUGCAACAAGCAAAGAAGAUUGCUCUCCAUGUUCUACAAAUGUCUUGUUUUAGACAGAGAGUGAAUGUUAUCAGAUUUGGCACAAAUUUCACAGAAUUUUCUUCAUAUUCAAAGGAUAUCAAAAGUGAUCUUGCAGCAGUGAAGGAGUUUAUUAUCUCUGCUACACCUACAAUGGGAAAUACUGACUUAUGGAAAACCUUACGUUAUUUAAGUUUGUUGUAUCCUUCUCAAAGAGGGCGUAACAUUCUUCUUCUAUCCGAUGGGCACAUUCAGAAUGAGAGCAUGACCAUCCAAAUUGUGAAAGAGAAUGUCAGACACACCAGGUUAUUUACAUGUGGUUUUGGUUCCACAGCAAAUCAUCACAUGCUGAGAUCUUUGUCUCAAUAUGGCGCUGGAGCAUAUGAAUAUUUUGACCCAAAAUCGAAGUAUAACUGGCUAAAAAAGAUAGAAAGCCAGAGAUCCAGAAUAUUUUCUCCAGGAUGCAGUUCUGUCUCUAUUAAAUGGCAACAGUUUGAUGCAAAUGCACCAGAGCCAUUGCAGGCUCCUGCUCAAAUACAGUCUUUAUUUAACAACGAAAGACUUCUUGUCUAUGGAUUUAUCCCACAUUGUACUCAGGCCACCUUAAAUGCACUAAUAAAUGACCAAGAAUUGCAAGCAAUGGUAUCAACCACUGAAUUACAGAAGACAACAGGAACACUUCUCCACAAACUCACAGCAAGAGCCAUCAUUAGGGAUUAUGAAGAUGGGAUACUUCAUGAAAAUGAAACAGAACAUGAGAUGAAGAAACAUACUUUGAAAGUCCUGAUUAUUAACCUCAGCAUGGAGAACUCCAUCAUAACCCAGUUUACAAGCUUUGUGGCAGUAGAAAAAAGGGAUGUUAAUGAAGUUAAGCAUGCUGGUCUUCCAAACAUUCUUGAACUUAUAGCUGAGGAAGAUAUAGACUUUUUACCCUACAUGGACUGGGAACAUGAGACAUCUGGACAUGGAUACCUGUCUUCUAAUAGAGGAGUGGGAUUUGGCAGAUGUGAAUCGAUCAUGUCCACGGUGUGGCCUCCCUCCGAUCCACAGGGGGAGGAACCACUUUAUGUGCCUGGGUGGGUGGAGUCAGGCCGGGUUCACCCUUCUCACUGGAAAUUGAGAGAGAGGACGGGAAGUACAAAAAGAGGAACCUUCAGCUCAGUUGGAGCUGAGGCAGGGCAGGAGACAGGCGAAUAUUGCUCCCUGGUGGCCUCUUACUCUGCUGCUGAACCAAGCGGUGCCCUGACCCCAGAGGAGACCAAGUCCAAGGAGGAGCUGCUGAUGGCUGUGUACCCCCGGGAGAUGGACGACACCUACAGAGCCCAGGCAACCACUGCUGCUUUCCUGUCUGGCCAGCUGGUGGGGACAGGGGGUAUCCCUGACAAUGCCCAGAGAUCAGAAGGCAUGGCCCUACCAACAGCAGCCUUUGGCAGGCCCAAGAGAGACACUGCAGUGCUGGCUCUGUCUGACUGGCAAGGAGCUGAGACCAGGAUCCGCUGUUUGGAAAAUGAGCAGGAUGUUAAUGAAGUUCAGCAUGCUGGUCUUCCAAACAUUCCAAUGGCUCCAGAACAUUUAGACGUUUUACCCUACAAGAACUGGGAGCAUGAUACAUCUGGAUACCUGUCUUCUAAUAGAGGAGUGGGAUUCGGCAGAAGUGAAUCGGUUCCUUUUCAUGCAGUAACUAGUGGUUUUUCUGACCAUUUCCUAACUGGAGGAGAUAAACAGCUGAAAAGUCUCCAAUUUCGAAGUGACGAAGAAGUUCCCUUGGUUGAAGAGUGCAUUUUACCAGAUUCUACUGAAUUGAGUUUUAUAAAGGCUGCUAAAGUUAAAUAUGAUCCUGGUGCCGCUAGAGUUGGACUAUUUGGGUCUAUCUCUGUGCCACAACCAAAAUUCAGCCUGCAUGAUCAAUCACUUUUAAACAUCAGGCUUCCCAAGCCUCCAGCUAGUAAGCCUUUUUCUUUUCAAGUUUCUAUACCUCCUCCUUGCCCUCUUCCUUAUGCUGCUUCUUGCCCUCCUCGCCCUCCUCCUUGCGCUCCUCCUUGCCCUCCUCCUUUCCCUCAUGAAUUCACUCGGGGGCUUUGGUCAGAUUUAAAGAGUUCAUUUACUCCUGUGGGCAGAACCCUGAAGAAGGCAAAUUUUGAAACACAAGUUACUCCUGAAGUUCUUGCUUCAUCAGCUAGGUUCAGACUAGGAUCACCAAUGCUACAAACUGCACCAAAGUGUGGAGAAAAACUUCAUCGUGAGCUCAGCAAGGAUCUUUUCUUAACAGCAAUGAGGAAAAAACAGCUUGGUAAAACAUCACCACAGAUGAGGAUUCAACAAAGCCCACCAAGUGCUGUAAGCUGGACUCAGAUUUUUGAGCUCCAAAAUCAGGAUGGUUUUUGGAAUCUCAGCCCAGAACUUGGGGUUAUCUUGGAUCUUGAUGUGGAUUAUUUAACCAAUAUUUUCCUUGCAAAAAAAGGCAUUUGGUCCCUAGGUCCUAAAGGAAGAGAAGUAUUGCAGUUGAUUGCUACACUUUUGGUGCUGCAGUUCAUACGUUAUAAACAGCAAUUGGAAGGGAUAACCUUCAAAUCUCUAAUGAAACUGGAUGAUUCGCCCACUUCAAGUGCUAUUCACUGGGCUUUUGCUUCAGUAAAGAAAGCAGUGGAAUGGGUAAGAAGAGUUGACAGACAAUUUCCAGCCAUCUGCCAUCGACUUGAACUUGGGAAGGAUUGGGACUCUGCCACUAAGAAGUUGUUGGGUAUCGAGUUAAUCAGCACCAACUUUCCUCCAAGUAUUUAAUCACAGAAAACUUCUAUAAGAGUUAACUACUUUACUUUACUCAUUUUGCAAUUAUAAGACAAAUUACAGGAGUUCACUGCAUUAAUAGAUAAUUUGAUUUUAUAUCUGUAUAAGGAUUGGGUAGUUUUAAUAUCCAGGAAAUUAACCAAGGACAUGGAAAUUUGGGGUCUUUUCUUAUAUUGUCAUCAAUAAGGACAGCGUAAUUUUAAAUUUAAAUAUAGUGUUUUACUAAGAGUAAACAUAUACUGCAAUUCACUGUUUAAAACUCAAUGUCUAGCUUCCAUGUUAGAUGAUUUUUAAUUGAAAUUAACCAUUUUGCAGUGCUAAUGCUUUUAUAAUAUGUUUAAUAUAAACUUGAUUUCUUCUAUAAAUCUUAUCCACUUCUUUGGACCAGUAGCACUAUAUAAAAAAACUGUAAUAUAAUAAAGGAAUUACAUCAGCAAGGAAAUACUUCAAUACACUGAUGUUGACAGGUAUAAGAACCUGAAUAAUAAAAAGCAAAUAAACAUUCUUUAUUACAUUUCAAGGUUUUCACUUAGGUAGUUAGAUAAUUCAUUCAGUUGAGUUUCUCAUUGAAAUGCAACCAGAAGAAACUGCGUAUCUGUGAUAAUCAUUAGGGGCAUAUUACUCUCUCAUGUCAGCAAUCUGUGAAUUAUUAGAUCCCUAACUGCUUCUGGAUGUCCAGGUAGCAACCUUUUCUUUCCAACACAGACAUUGCUACUUUUACCUGUGUCUUUGGCACCUUGUGGUUGGACUACUGCAAUGUGUUUUAAAUGGAACUGCAUUUUAAGACCGUGUGGAAAAUGCUGCAAAUGCAGAAAAUGGUUAUCUGCUUAUUCAGAGAGACAAUAUAAUGCUAAAAAUCUCACUUUGGUUUGAAAACUUAUUAUCUACUGUACAGUUGUUACAAUAAACACCUAAUGACUAAUCUCUGAAAGUCAUUUAAAAAAGCA